GGCUUAUGAUCUUUUCCCCCAAAUUCUCAACUGAAACAUCUUCUUUUUCAUCAUCUUCUCUAGGGUUUAACAUCUUCUCAAUUCUCCACAGAACCAGCCAUGGCGCGUAACGAGGAGAAAGCUCAAUCAAUGUUAAACAGGUUCAUCACAAUGAAAGAGGAAGAAAAGAAGAAACCCAAAGAACGCCGACCUUAUUUAGCCUCUGAGUGCCGUGAUUUAGCUGAAGCGGAUAAAUGGAGGCAGCAAAUCAUGAGAGAAAUCGGUCGAAAAGUAACUGAGAUUCAAAAUGAAGGACUUGGGGAACACCGAUUGAGAGACCUGAAUGAUGAGAUUAAUAAGUUAAUUAGAGAGAAAGUUCAUUGGGAGAGGAGAAUUAUUGAACUUGGCGGACCGAAUUAUACCAAGUAUUCAGCGAAGAUGACGGAUUUGGAUGGAAAUAUUGUUGAUGUACCGAAUCCGGGUGGACGUGGUCCUGGGUACAGGUAUUUUGGUGCUGCUAAAAAGUUGCCUGGUGUUAGGGAGCUGUUUGAGAAACCUCCUGAAUUGCGAAAAAGAAGAACUAGGUAUGAUAUAUACAAGAGGAUUGAUGCCAGCUACUAUGGGUACAGAGAUGAAGAGGACGGAAUAUUGGUAAAGUUGGAGGGUCCAGCAGAGAAAAAGAUGCGAGCUGCAGCUGUGAAAGAAUGGAUGGAGAUGGAAGAGAUAAAGAGAGAAGCCAAGAAGGCGGUAAAAAGUGGGGAGGUAGUAGAGGUGGGUUUGGGAUCAAAGAUAUUGUUCGAGGAGGAAGAGGAUGUGAUAGAGGAGGAGAGGAUGGAAAGGGAGAGGGAGGAGAAGGAUAGAGAAAAAGAAUACGUGGUACAUGUACCAUUGCCAGACGAGAAAGAGAUCGAGAGGAUGGUGGUGGAACAUAAGAAGAUGGAGCUUCUGAGCAAAUAUGCUAGUGAGGAUUUAAUGGAAGAGCAAAUGGAAGCUAAAGCCAUGCUUAACAUUCAAAGGUAGGUAACGAAGCUAUUACAUAGAGCAUAUGUUUCUACUCGAUGUAAAGAGGAGUUGUUGGCUUUUCUUCGAAAAUGUUGCAUUAAUCCGACUGUGUUUAGCGUCGUUGGUACUUCUUUUCGAGUGUAGCAACGAAUAGAACGACUAUCUUUCAGGCUCCGGUUCGUGCUAUAGUUCUUUGCUUUCUACAGAAAGCAUUCACUCCUCUCACAUUCUGCUAUAACAUUGAUUUUCCAACAAUGUGAUGAAGUGCAUAGAAUGUAGUUUAAGCAUUUCACAAUUCUGCGUCGUGAAUCCUCGGUAAAUUUAAUUCGAUUUUCAAGUGAUUAUU